AGGGAGAACAAGUCACAAACUUCCUAAAGAGGCAUCACUUGUUAAGUCAGUUUGAUGACGCACACGCACUACAUUACUAUAACAGUCCCGGAUCCUCCAAGCAAGAACAAACAUCAGCAGAGGACAGUACCACAUAUGACUUCAACAACCACAUGCUAGGCAGCCCUAUCUACCAACAAAAACAAGAAGAGCCCAGAAAGCCCAGAACCCAGAAGCAGAAACAACUCAGAAGCAAAAAAAAGACCACAGAAACAAGAAGCAGAAAUACCACAGAAGCAGCCAGAUCCCUAGGACCACAGAACCCAAAAGCAGAAAAGAAAUUCGCAAACCCAGACACCUCUCUCCCCCCAUUAGGGCCAAUACUCAGCUGCAUAGCGCUGGAGGGGAGGUAAUCCGCGCUCCCACUUCCGAUACCUCUUGGGCUCGCAAGUCUC